UCAAGUCGUCACCUUCCUCCGUAGAGGUACCUGUAGCUGUAACCAUCCGGGAGAAGCCAAAAGGCAAACGGGCACGGUAUGGAACAGUAGUGAGAGAAACGUUGCACCGAAUACACGGUACUUUUAACUCGAAACUUGUUGAUUCGUUCGAUAUUUAGUUUACGGAUGGAACGGCGGAAGUGAUCGUGGGUUGUUCAGGGAUCCUCGUGCAAGAGGAUACAGGAUUACAGGAUUACGAUUUAUAGACACUCUUAGAAGGUUUUCAUUUUGUGGACAUUGGACGGAGAAGCCGAAGGUCCUAAAGAGUGCGGAGCAAAGAGAGAGAGAGACGUCAUGGAGUGGGUUUAAUCGCGAUGGUCGAUAUAUCUGAUAUUGAUUUUCGCAUUCGAUGAACCGAAGCUCAGUGGAGAUACCGAGAAUUCUAUAUUCCACAACUGUGCGGACCACUUUCAACUCCAACGACAGAGUUAUUAUCACGUGACGCGAUCAUUACGGUGAUGAUGAAUCCAAGAAUCUAGGUGAGAAGCUGGCUGAGCGUCGAGGAGGAGGAGGAGGAGGAGGUCUGAUAAUUAUGCAGUCCUUCGCGCCGGCUUGUCAAUCGGAUUCGCACCAUCAGCUGGAUAAGCCCUGAUGAGUUCGCGACACACCGAUACCUCGAGUCGCCUACGAAAGACACAGUCGACAGACACAACUGACGUAACGCAAUUAUGCCCGUCGUCAUUUUGGUCCGAUGGAUCAGCGCUGUACGGUCAUUGUUGGAAGAAGGAGAAAUCGUGACUGUUGAGCAAGUCGAUGAGAGAUACGUUGAUCGAUAGUGUGGGCGGAGAAAAGCGAACUGACGUAUAACGAAGAUAACCAGGAAGAGGAAAAUAGACUCGAAGACCACAGUCAUUCAUCGAUAUGAGGAUCAAAUGGUCUUCCACACCAGACUAAGAAGACGACGAUGACGAAGUACAGUGUCAGUUGGUGACGUGCGACUUUUGAACUCUACCUACCCAGUACUUUUGAAUUCCGAAUCUAUACUCGUACAACACCGUAGAACACCGUCGUCAUCAUGAAGGAGGGAAUAAACACCGAAAAAGUCGUGACGGUGGACCGUGGCGGGGGUCUUUCUCAUCUCCUUCAAGUAAAGCCUAUAGAGUCACUGGAGAGUACGCGACGUAUGCUGGCGCUAUGCGAAGAGAGCGAAGAUGUUGGCGCAAACACUCUGAUGAUGUUGGACCACCAAGGCGAGCAACUCGACAGAAUCGAGGAAGGGAUGGAUCAGAUCAACGCCGAUAUGAGGGAAGCUGAGAAGAAUCUUACCGGUAUGGAAAAAUGUUGCGGUCUCUGCGUUCUGCCAUGUAACAAAGGAGCGAGUUUCAAGGAGGACGAGGGAACGUGGAAGGGAAACGACGACGGCAAGGUUGUGAAUAAUCAGCCGCAGCGCGUGAUGGACGAUCGGAACGGUUUGGGACCCCAGGGUGGCUACAUCGCGAAGAUAACGAACGACGCGAGGGAGGACGAGAUGGAGGAUAACAUGGGACAGGUGAACACGAUGAUCGGGAAUCUGCGCAACAUGGCGAUCGACAUGGGCAGUGAGCUAGAAAAUCAAAAUCGUCAAAUCGACAGGAUCAAUCGCAAGGGAGAGUCGAACGAGACGAGGAUACAGGUGGCCAACGAACGCGCUCAUCAGCUACUUAAAUAAGUUUCCCCGAGAAUACGUUCUAAUGAAAUCGAAAUUCAGAUAUUUUGUUGUUAUUAUUACUAUCAUUAUCAUUAUUAUUACACAUAUAUCUAUUACUAUACUUAUAUAUUAUCCCAACACCUUGCCGACACGCAUCUGCAUGUAGAAAUGUAUACGUGAUACACAUGUAUAUGUAUAUAUCCCGUCAUACUUACACCUUAUCAGUUAUUAUUAUUAUUAUUAUUAUUAUUAUUGCUUCGUAACUAAUAAUAUUAUUUAAUCCACCGUAUAACGUAAUAAUCAAUUAAUCGCGAUUGCUUCGCGGUUUCACUUUUCCUUCCUCGCCUCCCGUAAUUUCGGAAUUAUAUUAAUUUCGGAGUAUAGAUUACUAUUUAUAAUAGACAUAAUAUUAUUGUACUUAAACGAUUGUCGGGAGAAUUUGGGGAGUUUGGAAAAUAGUGUUUGUUUUUAAUUUUUUGCUCCCCCCCUCGUCUCUUCGAUAUUUCGACAUAAAUUUCAAAGUUCCUUGACCUGCCAAUCUCCGUUUAUAAUCGGAUUUUUUUUCUCGCGUAGCUUGAUUGAGUAAUUUUUACUGUUAUCAUUAUUAUUAUUAUUGUUACUACUAUUAUUAUUAUUUUUAUUAUUAUUAUUAUUACAUUCGUGACGUUCCUAACCGACGGCAUUAUUAAACCUAUUUUUAUUAUUGUCUUUGUCGUUAUUUGUUUAAUCGGUGUCGUCGUCAUCAUUACUCUUGUUGUUAUUAGUAUUAUUAUCAUCGUAAUUAAUAUUAUUGGGGGGGAAAAAAAAAACUUACAUCCCAAAAUAAUGGUGUUGACUAAUACUGCGAGAAAAAGACAAAAAGAAAA